UAUACAAAUUCUCAAAACAUUUUAUUAGGGUUUUAGACUCUAAAAUUCCGGGAAGAAAAAGAAAAAUAAAAAGAAAAAUAAAAACUCUCUCGGUAUAAAUUGGCUGACGAAACACUGAGAGCCUCCACCACCGCCUCAAUCGCCGACCCCAAAACAUGCCCGUCUGCAGCAAUUGCCGCGGCAAAACCUUCGUCCGCGAUGACGUCACCGAAAACCUCUCCUGCUCCACCUGCGGCAAGCUCCAAGAGUACGACAACUACGUCCACCAAUACGGCGGCGUCUCCGGCCCCACCGGCACCUUCGUCUCCGUCGGCACCACCGGCUCGGGCAACGUUUACAGCUACAAAGAGACGAAAGUUUACGAAGCCCUAAAAUUUAUCGAAUCCAUGUCGCUCCGCCUCGGCCUCUCCACCGCCGAGGCCGACGCCGUCAAAGCCAUGGCUAGGGAAGUCACGGUAGGUGAGUACGGCCAAGGUAAUUGGUUCAAUAUUUUCGUUGGUGCUUGCGCGUAUGUUGCCAUGAGAAGGGACAAUAAGUCCUUGCCGAUCGCCGAGGUCGUUUCGGUGAUCGGCGGCACGGAUGUUUAUGAAUUGGGUAGGAUGAUAAUGCGUAUAGUUAAUUUUUUGGAUUUGAAAAAACCCGAGUUUCCGGAAUUCGAUAUUGUCAAUUUGUUCGAGCGGACGCUGAGGAAUUCGUAUAGUUUCGAGGGAAUUGAAGGAGAUAAGAGGGAGAGAAUGAGAAAACAGGGGAUAUUUCUGCUAAAUUGUGCAAAGAAGUGGUUUUUGACAACCGGGCGUAGGCCGCUUCCGAUGGUGGCGGCGGUGUUGGCUCUUGUGGCGGAGUUGAAUGGUGUUGGGGUUAGGAUUGAGGACUUGGCUAAGGAGAUUCAUGCUGUUGUCCAUACUUGUAAAUUGCGGUACAGGGAGCUUUUAGAGGCGCUUGUGAAGGUUGCACAGGCCUUGCCUUGGGGGAAGGAUGUUACGGUUAAGAAUGUAAUUAAGAAUGCGCCGUUUGUCAUUCAGUAUAUGGAGAGGAAGUUGAUGUCGGAGCCGAGUGGGAAAAAGGAUUUGGUGGGCGGCAUUUGUUUGGAUUUGGGAGAUGUUAGAGAAUAUUUGAGGAAUGAUAGUGGAUACGCAAGUGAUUUCUGUUUUGAAGAUGAUUUUGAUACAGAAAUGGAUAAGUUAAAGCUUUCACAUGAGUCUCGGUACUUUGAGGUGGAAGAUGGUGGGUGCAAAUUGGGGGUUGAGGAAAUGGAUGCGCUGAAGCUUUCACAUGCUUAUCAAUGAUACUCAAAGUUUUCGGAUGAGGUUGACAAUGUUAAGUCCUCUAAGGGGUUUGAAGAAGUUCGUGGAACAAAAAAGAGGCGAGGUUUUGCGCUCCAUGCUUGUGCUGAGUGGUGGAAUGGACAGUCGGAAAUGAGCAAGAGGCUUCUGCUUAAGGAGAUAUUGGAGAAAGAUGUAGGAUUGGAUGCUAUACCUCCGUCUUUUGUUAAUGGUUGUGUAGCAGUUAAGAGGAGGAAAGAAAAGAUAAAUGCUGCCAAGCAGCGAAUUGAUAGAAUUAUGUGUCCAUCAAAUGCUCGUUCAGGUGACAGCAGCGACAUUUGCAUUUCUGAAGAGGUACAUACUAGGAAGAAGAGAAAGAGAGGACGAGGCAUUGAUUGGGAAGAUUUAAUUAUUGAAACCCUCCUCCUUCAUAAAGUAAAAGAGGAGGAAAUCGAGAAGGGGUGGUACAGUGUACUACUGGAAUUAUAUGUAUUUAACUCUGGGGUUGUGUGAGAGCUUCUGCACUUUGGAACUGAAAUGUGAGGAAUGUGCCUGCAUGCCCUUGCAACUCCAUGAUCGAAGUGACUUUUUUUUAACUGAAUUUGCUAGAUUUUGUAGAUCUUACAACUGAUACAAUCAUACGAGUUACGAAAGUUUUGUUUCCUCUUUUUGAACAGAAGAUUGGCAAUUAUAUUGAUAUACAUUUGGCCUAA